AUCACGACAUGACAUGCUAAAGUUGGAUGCACCUCCUCCGGUCCGCAAUCCUCCUCGGCUUUUGAGGCGCGGCAGAAGCUGUCCCGAGCGCACUGGCAUCAGUUGACCGUCGUGUCUUCCAUGAUUCGCACACGUGAGACGACGCGCCUCACUAGCGCGCUUCCCUACUUGUCGAAAAUUUGGCCUCCCGUCUCGCCGUCAAGAUACCCAGGUACUCUGCACAUUUCCACCGCUUUUAUCCCUCCGCCAUCAUGUUUCUUCUCCGCCGCUCUGCCGUCCGCGCCAUCAGCGCAACGCCCGCGAAGGCUUUCCUUGCGACGCCCCGUUCCCUCUCCACAUUCACACCUGCUUUCCGCACACAACAGAAGUGGGCCGUGUCCGCUUUCCAGAGGAGAUUUGCCAGUGACGAUGUCGUGAAGAAGGAGGUUGCCGCCGAGGCGCCCGAGGACUUCGCCCAGACCAUUGCUGAGCCCAUGACCGAGGACGGCCUUACGCCGGUCCAGCAGGACGCCCAGGCCGAGCCGACCAACGCCGAGGAGACUGUCGGCGCUGACGCGCUUGAGGCUGUUGCAAAGCAGGCCGACAGGCCCAAGAGGGAGUUCCAGCGCCGCGAAAAGAGCGACGCGCCGCCCAACAACACCGUCUACGUCGGCAACCUGUACUACGAAGUCACCGCCGACCAGGUCAAGCGCGUCUUCUCGCGGUUUGGUGAGGUCAACAACGUCAGGAUUGUCCUGGACAACAGGGGACUGAGCCGAGGGUUCGGAUACGUCGAGUUCAAGAACAUCGAGGAUGCCAAGACGGCCAUCGACAACCUGGACAUGCAGGUCUUUGAGGGCCGCAACAUUGUCUGCCAGUUCCACAAGGCCAAGCCCAACUCCAAGACGCUGUCUGCUGGCAGCUAUGUCUCCAACCCUCCCGCGAAGACGCUCUUCAUCGGCAACAUGUCCUUCGAGAUGUCGGACAAGGACCUGAACGACAUCUUCCGCGACAUCCGCAACGUCAUGGACGUCCGCGUUGCCAUCGACCGCAGGACCGGCCAGCCCCGAGGCUUCGCGCACGCCGACUUCAUCGACGUUGCCAGCGCCACCAAGGCCAAGGAGACGCUCGGUGAGAAGGUCAUCUACGGUCGCCAGCUCCGCGUCGACUUCAGCAGGAGCAGCACGGACCGCCCCGACAGGGCCACGAGGAGCGACUCUGCCCAGGAGGGACAGUAGAGCGUUGUUGCAGGAUGAUUAAAAGCAUUGGCAGGGCCGUCUAGAGAUGGUUUCUUCUAUCUUGUCAUUCCAUAUUGUGUUAAUAGCUGGCGUGCAUGUACCAUAGUAGACGAGUGUCUGGCGUUUUCCACGUAUAUCCUGCUGUACAUGACAUGACGACGGAGGGUGUUGUAUACCAAUAACGAGCCUGGAAAACCAUACACGUUUGCUCGCUGGUGACGACUUUGCUCGGUGUAUCUCGAUUCUCGCUCAAUGUCUCUCGAUUCUCGCCCAAUGUCUCUCGAUUCCCGCUCGGUGUAUCUCGACUCUCGCUCGGUGUAUCUCGAUUCUCGCCCAAUGUCUCUCGAUUCUCGCCCAAUGUCUCUCGAUUCUCGCCCAAUGUCUCUCGACUCU